GCUACUUCCUCUGAAGUCCACGGGUAUUGCUAUGGAUCUUAUGUAAUUGAUCUUAUGUAAUUGCUAUGUUCCCCGCCUAAAAGUCACAAGCCCGGGGAGCCAUUUCGUCAUGUUUGUUUUUCUUACCCCUUUCCCGGUAACAAACUGGUAAACUGGUAAGGGGCUGACAUCAUUCAAUCACAUGUAUUCCCUUAUCUACGUAAUCAAGCUGGGAUCAAACAAGGAGACAAACAUACCGCCCAAAGCUUAAUGAGCUGUGCAACAUAGUGCGGCUUGAAAGAAAGCUUAGGUAGUUAAAACUAUUGUUACUAAGCAUUGUGUAGAUCACCUAGACUUGCGAAACGAACCUUCACGUCAUGCCGCGAGACAAUGUCUUCAAGUGGAGAUCGAGCCUCAAUUGUCAAGCCACAACCAAACAACUACCUACUUCCAAAAGAGGAACCUACCCUAAACGGAUGGGGCUGAUGCUUUACAGCACUUAUACUUAUACUUAUACGCUUUCAUUGACAUUUGUAGUUCAUUUAUAGAAGGACUUCUCUUAUUUACAGUGUGUCACGGCACGCCAAUCUUUCAGGUUGGCAAUGGCAGACAACAGCAGCAAAGAAGAAAGCAAAGAGGGGCAGAAGCAAAGGCCGACAACCAAAGAAAAGCUAAUAGAAGAAAUCACCUCGCGCAUCGAAGAAUCGAAGAAGCUCCAAGAGGAGUCCGUACAGCUCCACAAACAAGCCGACGAGGCAGAAGAUCCCCAUGUCGCCGAGGAUCUGAAAUUCCGCGCUCAGGAGCUCGACGUGAAAGCUGCUAAGCUGCUGAAGAUAGCUAAGCGCCUCGAGUCCGGCUGGCUACAGGGCGGCGCCACUGGUGCCGGUAUAGGGGUCGGGAUAGCCAGCGGACUUGGCGUUACCGUCGGAUCUUUGGUCAGUGGUUUAGUAGCUAUCCCCACCACCGGCAUAGGUAUCUUAGUCGGUAUGGGCACGGGCUUGGUGCAUGGUCCUUGGGUCAAGUUCAGCGAGGCGUUUAGUAAGGACCAGGUUGACGAAAUUGAUAAAGAGGCUGAGGAAGAGGCUCGUCGGAUCGGCGGGGCUUAGAACUAGUAACAUUGGGAAUCUAGGAAAAGAUCUUAUGCUUUGACGAGGGGUACAUUUAGAGCGAGCGCAGGUUUGGGUUUAACGCGAAUGGGUAUGAGGCUAUGCAAUAUUAUAUCUAUUUUUCUAGGUAAAGGACGAUGAUUGGGUAUAUUACUUGGCUAUGAUGAUGGCUACGAAUUCGAUGAUAUAUUAUGGUACUGAUCAGAGGACACUUAUGCCUUAUUGGGCAACCAUCCACUCCUUAAGGGUUCAUGUGCUUCUUCAUAGUUAGUUCGAACUAGUUAUUUCAUCAGAUUUCUUAG